AAGGAUUUUUCAGGGAGAAAUGACAGGGAUUAGAGACACGAUGUACAGAAGAGAAACAAUGACCGCAGCAGUACAGAGAGAAGGACAGCAACAAACUCAUUUCGCCGACGAUGGUGACGACGAUGACGUCGCCGGCGGUGGCAGUGGCGGUGGAGGAGGAAUGGAGUCCAUAGAAGACUGUUCUCAUCACAUUGGCUACGACCAUAACCACCACGGGCUCCAUAACGGCGCCGAUGGUACCAUGGCUACUACAGCGGCGGCGCUGAAUGGUGUGGAAGGCGUUCCGCAUAACUCUAUGUAUGUCCCUGGCUCGGAAAUGGUUGGUGGAGGAAGUAGCGAUCAGCUUACGCUGUCAUUUCGAGGCGAAGUGUUUGUGUAUGAUGCUGUUUCUCCUGAAAAGGUUCAGGCGGUGCUGCUGCUGUUGGGGGGAUAUGAAGUCCCUGCUGGCAUCCCUACUGUCAAUAUGGCUUCCCAGAGUCAUAGGGCUUCAAGUGAAGGUCCUGGAAGAUUGAAUCAACCACAACGGGCGGCUUCUUUGAGUCGUUUUAGGGAAAAAAGGAAAGAAAGAUGUUUUGAUAAAAAGAUCCGAUAUACUGUUCGGAAAGAAGUUGCACUUCGGAUGCAGCGAAAAAAGGGUCAGUUUACAUCUUCCAAGACAGUAUCUGAUGAAGCAGCUUCUUCUUCUGCAGAGGGGAAUGCAGGCUCUAGCCAAGAAGAACAGGAAACAUUAUGUAGACAUUGUGGAACUAGUUCGAAAUCCACUCCUAUGAUGCGCCGUGGACCAGCUGGCCCGAGGUCACUUUGCAAUGCAUGUGGACUGACGUGGGCCAAUAAGGGGAUUUUAAGAGAUCUUUCUAAAGUUUCAACUACAGGAGCUCAGGAGCACUCUGUGAAAUCUAGCGAACAGAAUAAUGGUGAAGCUGAUGGAUCAGAUGUUAUGGCGGCUGCUGGUAUCAUCACAUCAGAUGAUGAGAACAUGGUGCUUCCGUCUGAAUGAUGGUAGAGAGCUCUCUUAUUUGUGGUCACCUCUGGUGGUGUUGAACUAAAAUAUCAUGUGUCUAAUAUCUGCCAAAGUUGCAUACAUUUGUACAU